AUGAGCGGUGGACCGGGCGCCGCCUCGCUGGAGGUUCCCUCUGAGGACGGUGGGAGCGGCGAGUGGCGGCGCAUUUUCAACCGGGUUGAGGCGCUGCUGCCGCGGGUCGAGGAGCUCGCCGCCGACCGUGCUCGCCUCGAGGAAACCAGCAGGACCCAGCAAGAGCUGUCGGCAGCACGCGAGAAAAGCCUCCAUGCCCGCCUCCUCCAGGCGAAGGCGAGCAGGUGGAGGUGGAAGACGGCCUACAUUGAGCUGCCUCUCUUGGCCAAUCCCAAGAUCAUCGAACUCCAAGAGAAUGAUUUGGAGGAUUCCAGGAAAUGUGAAGCUCUUGUUGACGUCGAUGACUCAGGACCAGAGAUACCACUCAAGGGAGGUAAAAGGCAUUUAGAGCGCAGUGAAACAAAUGUGGGUUAUGAGGAUGUUGUCAGAGAUUUAAGAGCUGAGCUAACAAAAUUAAAGCAAGCUUAUGAGACCCUGAGCACAAACAAGGAUAAGGAAACUUCUGAAUCAGCACACAAGCUUCAGCGGAACAUAGAGGAGAUGUUUGAUGAUGCAGAAAACAAGAUGUGGAUCUUUGUCAAGAUCUGUGAUAGCAAGACCGUCACUCUGGAGGUCGUGGAUUCAGAUACGAUCUAUAGCGUCAAGGCUAAGAUUCAAGACAAGGAGGGCAUACCUUCAUGCCAGCAGAGGCUCAUGUUUGAUGAUCAGCUAUUGGUGGGCAGCUGCACCCUGAAGGACCACAGCAUCCAGAAUGAGGCCACCCUAACCCUUCACCUUGUAAUCCAAGGGAUGCAUAUCUUUGUCAAGCCGAUUGUUGGUAAGAUCAUGACCUUUGAGGUUGAUAGAGCAGAUAACGUGUACAGUAUAAAGGCGAAGAUUUUCGAUGAGACGGGCUUUGCCCCAGUUGGGCAGCGCCUCAUCCUUUAUGGGAAGAUGUUGGAGGAAGACCGCACCCUGGCCUAUUAUGGCAUACAAAAUGACUCUACCCUCCAUCUCAACUUGCGCAUCCCGCUUCUGAGAGAUCGGAUACGCAUCUCGAUCAGGACGGUUACUGGGAAGACCAUCGUUGAACGGAAUGGUAUGCGCUCAGAGACCGUUGGCAAUAUCAAGGCGAAGAACUAUGUUGAGUUGGGCAUUCCCACAGACCAACAGUGCCUUUCCACAGGCGGAAAGCCGCUUGAGGAUGGCUGCACUGUGGAGGAGGUUGUAAGAUUAAUGAACAAAAUUGCUGUUUCUGGGAUCGUGACUGUCAUCGAAAGAUCUGAUAUAUUCUAG